AUGGAAGAUCCAUACACGUUCGGAGGAGAAAAUUGUUUUAAUCAAGAUUUCUGUUAUUAUUACUACAACAAUCAAUUAACACCGGAAAGCACAUUUGAACAAUCACUGACCGACACUUACAACGAAAACGGUGACAACGAAGAAUUAUACAUAAAUGAACAAGAAAAUUCAAUCCUAACUUGGUCACCCGAACUUGAAAUACAAAAUCAUUAUUAUAUCGACGAUUUCCCUUAUUUAUAUAAUAAUAUCGCUGGGAAUAAUCCGGAUUCCUUUAACUCUUUCGUAGGACAAUCUUGUGAGGAUUCAAUUACAACUUUGGGUGAAAACUUAUUGUUGACACAACCACUUUCUGAGAUCACCCAAAAUAUAAUUGAAAAUCAACAGCACUUUCAUCCUUAUGAUUGGUGUGAUUUCUCAUCUGUAACAUCUCAAGAUAUGCAACAACAAUAUAUGAUGGAAAAUAAUAUUUCUUUUAAAUUUGCGGAACGUUAUGUUAAUAACAACAAUCAAUGUAUAUCUUCAGAAAAUUAUUACACUCCUUGGACUGAUUUUCAACUAUUAGAAGCUUAA